AAGACGUCGAAGGUGAGAACGCACACGAAUCGAACUUUGAAAGUGAGCUCUGGUAGUUUUUUUUAUUCUACUCCAAGUGGCCAGCAGGAAUCGGAACCGAAAAUAAGAUGAGCGGCAGUCGGGCCGUUUUCCUGGUUAUUGGAAUUUCGCUUUGUCUCGUUGGCGAUGGAGACGGAGCGCCCUACCUGGGCAAGCUCGUGGGGAAACUUUCCGAGUUGCAUCACGGCGUUUCUGGCGAAGUUUAUGCAGUCGACGCGAGGACAUUAUACAUCAAGGAUUUCACUUACGACGGCCAAGGACCUGCCGCGUACUUUUACGCCAGCACGCUCAAAGGGGCCGACAAAAACGGCUUCCGGCUGAGAGACGAAACAGGAAGCGGCGAAGUAAUCAGGAGGUACAGGAGAGAAGGCGUCACUCUCACUCUCCCCGAAGGCAAGACGAUCCACGGCAUCAAGAUAUUCUACGUGUGGUGCGAGGAAUUCGACGUGAACUUCGGAGACGUGAAAAUACCCAGGAAUUUCGAAUACCCUAGACCCCAAAAAAUAGAGGCCCUGAAAGGCGUUCAUGCCAUUUCGUCCGAUAACAUCGUCAUUGUCGACGCCCAAACUAUAUUGAUACCCAAUCUAUCGUACGAUGGAGAAGCACCAGAUGCUAAAUUCUGGGUUGGACGCGGUCCCAAACCGUCGCCUCAAGGUAUAAGAGUACCUGACGAAAAUGGCAAGGAAGUACCGCUAAGAAGAUACGACAGAAAAACUAUAGUCCUCACCCUACCCGGCGAUUUAACAGUUUUCGAUAUUGGCCACUUCGGUAUCUGGUGCGAGAUGUUCACAGUCGAUUUCGGUCACGUCGUCAUCCCUCCCAGAUUGAACAUCCCGCCUUCGUUGAAAAUGCUCGGCGUCAGUCCGCAGUCGAAAUUAAAUUGUGAAGUUUUAUUCGACGACUUGGCCUUCGAAGUGCGAUGGGCAGUCGCUGGGGAGAGCAUCGUUCUACAACUCGUCGCUAAAUUAGAUGAUAGAGAAUACAUGUCGUUCGGAUUAUCCGGAGAUGAAUCGAAAACUGUUAUGAUAGGAGGCGACGUAGUGGUCGCUUGGGUCGACAAGCAAACUCUCAAAGGGCACGUUGAAGAUUACUACCUGGAAGACAAAGCUCAAUGCUCCGGCCCUUCGGGCUCCUGUCCAGAUAACAGACUAUCGGAAGAUACAAACAACGUGAGACUUCUCAACGCUGCAUUAGUCAACGGUUACUCCAUCCUAACGUAUCAAAGACCUCUGAAGGCUUCAGAUCAAUACGAUCGUGCUAUCCACACGAACACAUCACAAGCCAUCAUUUGGGCUAUCGGUCCUCUGAAUCAACGAAACGAAGUAUCCUUCCACAGCAAGUAUCUAAAGAAGAACCAUCUCAUUGAUUUCGGUCGACCGGCUAAGUGGAAUUGCCCUACGCCAGAGACAGAACAACCUUCAAUGACGUCUGUAUACGCCUCAAACAACGUCAAAACAACACCAGCACAAUCGUCGUACGAAGAAGAAUAUUUAGAUGAACCAACCACCAGCGCUCCAAAAAGAACUAACGUAAGAAGACGAGGUCCGAACAGAGGAACCCAAAGACCCAGUUCGCAAGAGAGCGUUGAAGAUUCUGCACCUCUUCCGUCCAGAACCAAGGAGCAAGCUCAACCUUCCAGAAGAAGAGGAUCCCAACCUACGAGAGCACCCGAAACCAGCCAACCACCAAGACGCAACCAAAGCAAUAAUAAAAAAUCCAACGCUUGGGUCAUUCCGCCUAUCGAAUGCAACGAACCGGAAGAUGGAGUGUUUUACGCACAGAUGGGGCCGACCGGUGGGAAAAGAGGAUACCCAGCCAUAACUGGUCACGUUGGUUGGGGUAUUUCCUGGUACAUCAACGGUCUGCUUAUACCUGAAAUCCAUGUUGUCAGGGGCAAAACCUAUAAUUUCGUAGUGGAAGGUGGAGAUGAUCCAGAAGUCUCGGCUAGGUACCAUCCCUUCUACAUAACUGACGAUCCUAUCGGAGGUUACGCGUACAAAUCGCCCGAAGAAAAGAAGAAAAUUAACAUAUACGCCGGCGUUCGCAGAGACAAGGAAGGCAACGAAAUCCCGACCGGUGUGGGUCGUUUGUGCACGUGGACUCAAACAGGCGAUCUGGAAGCCGACGAUUACGCUUCGUUCGGUGCAUAUCAAAGAGUUUUAGAAUUAAAAUGCGAUCAACGUGAAAAUCCUGGCGUUGUGCAGUGGACGCCGGACGAGGACACUCCGGAUACUGUUUACUACCAGUGUUUCACUCACCGUCACUUGGGGUGGAAAAUUCACGUUCACGAUACUUGCGAUCGUUUGCCAGCGGCUAGCGAACUCCAGCCGUCCGUUGUGCGCGCUCCGGAACACAUCCUGUCCAAAUCGGACGUCGAUCUCGAAGAAUCCCCUUCGUCGAGCGUCGAAACAAGGGUAAAACACACUAACAUACUUAAAGAGGAGCAAGAAGAUAAAGAUAAUAAAUCAAUCAUUUCAGAAAAAGUAGAAGAUCAAUCAUAUUUAAACCUGUCACGACCUACACAAAGUUUCGAACCCAUUCACCACACGAGAACCGGACCUGCAUUCUACUCCUUUCGCAUGCGGCAGUCACAACCGAAUUUGCACUAUUUCAGACCGAGCACUCUAUUAAAUUCCGGAAUAGAGGAAAAUAAACAGCACUCUAUAUCAAACACUAACUCCCAUACUUACACGUCCACUACUACUACCACAAUCGCACCUACUACCGAAAGUUCCACAACUCCUAAAUUAAACGAUAACAUAGCAAUAGCUAGCGAAGUUGUUAACAAAACGUAUUUAGUACCUCCUCCUGUACAGUAUAGAGAGAAAGUGGUAUACAGAAGGCCUGUCAAUUACAUCCCCGUUCCUCUCAAGCUAGUAAAUCACAAUCCUAUGGGAUUGCGAUAUUAUAAUUUACCUAUCAAAGCGUACAAAAAACCCAUCGUUAGGAUUCCACAGUACAGACCUUACAAGCAUAAGGUAUACGCGCACGGAUCCCCUUAUGUACUCAUCCAGCCUGCUUCGGUUAUAACCAAAUCACCUAUAGAGAAUCAAUUGAAGGCCUAUCCAGAGAAACCUAGAACAGAGGAAGUAAAACACGUUGAAAUAUCUCCCCAACAAGCUUCUACGGAAAGAGAACCCGAGAUCCAAACCGCUCCCAGCGUUUCCGCGUCGGAUAUAUCACCCAAUUUCUACCGACCUGCCUUCAACACGGGCUUCAAACCCGGCUCGAUAAAAAUCGAAAGCGGCUUCAAGCCGAUUAUCACCAAAGACCUGGAGGACAGAGUCGAUACGCAAGAACCCUUGGUGGAGCACGAAAGCGAAAAGGGAAUCAUCCGAGUAAACGAUACGGGUAAAUUCGAACCGUUCGAGCCUCUGUUCGUACCAUCUCCCACUCUGAAACCGUCCAAAGAUAAGAAAACUAAAGUGACUAAAAGAGUGAGCCCGAAGAGGGACUACGAGUACAUGAAAAUAGUGAUAAAAAGACCUCGCGCUGUUGAAACUAACGAUGGGGAUUUGGAAGAGCCUAUAGCAGAGGCUGCAGAAAGGUCGGAAAGUUACUAUUUACCCCCUACUAACGCUAAACCCGUGGAAACUGUCAGGCAACCGUCUGAAAUAGAUCUCGAUCUGCCAGAAGCGAUGCUGGGAUCCCCACCGGACGUUGUCAUAACGUACGACGGUAGGAAAUUAUCCGGGCACACUUUGACAGCUAAAUUAACCGACAGGCCUUCGAUACCGGCGCAGAGAUUGUCUAAAGCCAAUGCCUACAUUACAGCCGGACCGCAAUUUGGUCGUUUUACCGGCGAAUUGCCGCCUUUGAAUAUCGAUUACUUAGUCAAAACCGCGCCUCAACUGCAAAGCUCCGCCGGUGUACUGAACAGAGGGCUAGACGCGCCGGUUUUACCACCGGAAAACGACCAAAAGAUCGCUUCCACUAAAUUAACGAAAGUUCAAACUUACACUAGGGAAUAUUAAAUACGUUCGUAUAUUAGCAAUACCACGGUCUUAUAUAGAAGGUCUGGAAAGUGGCCCGAUUUUGUGGUGGCGGGUGCGUCCCGCUAAACGAAGAUGUUUGGGAUAGUUCACUUGAGCAUACUAUCGCAAACUUAUAUGAGUUUAUAAUAUUUGUAGACAAGUAAAAUAAUUGAAUAAGCUCUGUAAAAAAAUAUUAGAUUCUCACAUCGCCGCCACCGGUCGUUUUAGGAACUACGUACAUUCGCUUCAAACGAGACCGCUGAGUUUCCAGACCUGAAUAUACGACCGCGAGCAAUAAACUAUUUAAGCUAGCUAAUGUUAUAAAUUUUGUUAUUUAAGGUGUACUCAGUUUAUAAAAUACUUUCUGGUUUCAGUAAACUUUAAGCAUCAAUUGAAAUCGAUUGCGCAAGUAUCGUUUUAGGUAUCUUUUAGUGAC